GGGGGCCGGGCCGGGACUGGGGGUCCGCGCCGGGGCGGAGGAGGCGGCGGAGGCAGAGGCGGGGGCCUGGCGGCCGGGCAGGGGCGCCAUGGCGGCGGCCGAGACGAAGAUCAUUUACCACCUGGACGAGCAGGAGACGCCGUACCUGGUGAAGCUGCCGAUCCCGGCCGAGCGCGUCACCCUCGGCGACUUCAAGGGGCUCCUCAACCGCCCCAACUACAAGUUCUACUUCAAGUCCAUGGAUGACGACUUCGGGGUGGUGAAAGAAGAGAUCUCGGAUGACAAUGCCAAGCUUCCCUGCUUCAACGGCCGGGUGGUGUCGUGGCUGGUGUCUGCAGAGGGUUCCCAUUCAGAUGCUGGCUCAGUCUGUGCUGAUAACCAGACAGAGCUGCCACCCUCCAUGGAGCGCACAGGAGGAAUUGGAGACUCCAGACCCCCCUCUUUCCACCCUAACACUGGGGGGAGUCGUGAAAACUUGGACAAUGAGACAGAGACAGACUCAGUGGUGUCAUCACAGAGGGAACGACCUCGUCGGACAGAUGGGCCUGAGCAUGCACCCAGGGUGAAUGGGACAGUGAAGGGAGAGCGGCGCCGAGACCUGGGUGGGUACGAGAGCUCCUCCACGCUCAUGAGCAGCGAGCUGGAGACCACCAGCUUCUUCGAUUCAGAUGAAGACGACUCCACCAGCAGGUUUAGCAGUUCAACAGAGCAAAGCAGUGCUUCCCGUCUAAUGAGGAGGCACAAGCGACGCCGGAGGAAACAGAAGGCUCCACGCAUUGAGCGGUCCUCGUCCUUCAGCAGCAUCACAGACUCCACCAUGUCCCUGAACAUCAUCACAGUCACGCUGAACAUGGAGAAAUACAACUUCCUGGGCAUUUCUAUUGUGGGACAGAGCAAUGAGCGUGGGGAUGGAGGCAUUUACAUUGGCUCUAUCAUGAAGGGAGGCGCUGUGGCAGCUGAUGGCAGGAUUGAGCCAGGAGACAUGCUCUUGCAGGUAAAUGACAUCAACUUUGAGAACAUGAGCAACGACGAUGCCGUGCGGGUGCUGCGGGAGAUCGUGCACAAGCCGGGGCCCAUCACCCUGACAGUGGCCAAGUGCUGGGACCCCAGUCCGCGUGGCUGCUUCUCGUUACCCAGGAGUGAGCCCAUCCGGCCCAUCGACCCGGCAGCCUGGGUGUCUCACACGGCAGCGAUGACUGGCACCUACCCAGCGUACGGUAUGAGUCCAUCCAUGAGCACAAUCACUUCCACCAGCUCCUCCAUCACCAGCUCCAUCCCAGAGACCGAACGCCUCGAUGACUUUCACCUGUCCAUCCACAGUGACAUGGCCACCAUUGUCAAAGCCAUGGCCUCACCAGAGUCAGGCCUCGAGGUGCGUGACCGCAUGUGGCUGAAGAUCACCAUCCCCAAUGCCUUCAUUGGUUCGGAUGUGGUAGAUUGGCUCUAUCACCAUGUGGAGGGCUUUACAGACCGCCGUGAAUCCCGCAAAUAUGCCAGCAACCUGCUGAAGGCUGGCUACAUCCGACACACCGUGAACAAGAUCACCUUCUCGGAGCAGUGCUAUUACAUCUUCGGGGACCUCUGUGGAAACAUGGCUAAUCUGUCACUUCAUGAUCAUGAUGGCUCCAGCGGCGCCUCUGAUCAGGACACUUUGGCUCCGCUCCCUCACCCAGGAGCUGCACCCUGGCCUAUGGCCUUCCCAUAUCAGUAUCCACCGCCUCAUCCAUACAACCCCCAUCCCGGCUUCCCUGACCCAGGCUACAGCUAUGGAGGGGGCAGUGCAGGCAGUCAGCACAGUGAAGGGAGCCGGAGCAGCGGUUCCAAUCGCAGUGGCAGCGAGAGGAGGAAGGAGAGAGAGAAGACCGGGGAGUCGAAGUCAGGCGGCAGCGGGAGCGAGUCGGACCACACCACGAGGAGCAGCAUGCGGCGCGAGCGCGCGGCCAGCGAGCGCUCGGUGCCGGCCAGCCAGCACAGCCAGCGCAGCCAGCACUCCCUGGCUCACAGCAUCCGCAGCCACCACAGCCAGCAGUCGUACGGGCCGCCCGGCCUCCCCCCUCUCUUCAGCCCCCCCAUGUUGCUGAUGCCUCCACCGCCGUCAGCCAUGGGCCCCCCCGGGGCGCCGCCGGGCCGUGACCUGGCCUCUGUGCCCCCCGAACUGACGGCCAGUAGACAGUCCUUCCGAAUGGCCAUGGGCAACCCCAGUGAGUUCUUUGUGGAUGUAAUGUGAAGCGCCCAUCCCCUGUCUGUCUGCUGUCCCUCCUUCCCCCUUCUAUCCCUGUUGUUUGUUUCCUAGGACCAGCCCUGGCUUCACCCCUUGUUUUUUUGGGGUUUUUUUUUUGUUUCUUUUUUUUUUUGUCUUGAUAACGAAAAGAAAAAAAAGGGAAAAAAAAAUAAAUGGAACUAAACCUUGAUUCUAAUCCCUCCUCGAGCGGGGUGGACAGGCCUGGCAGGCCUGCUGGGUGCUGUCAGCCCCUCCUGCCCCCAGACUUGUGUAUUUCCGAUGGUAAUUCCCUCCUGCCAUCCUCUCUAACCCCAUUAAUCCGCAUCCGUCCCAGCACCCUGUGCUGCUUGCCCGUGUGUCACUGCUGCCUCAGUCCUUUCACCCUAAACAUCUCUUCUUUCUUUUCACCCUUUUGUGUUUCUUCUAUCAAGCAGCAAAGAAUUACGGGGUGUUUGACUUUCUCUGAGCCUGCCGCCCGCGGGGGGGAGAGCUGGAGCAUGGCGUGGCCCGACAGCAGGACACGGAGCUCCAGGGCGCUGGGCACGCAUGGCGCUGAAGAUGGCUUCUGUCCUCCCCCUCGCGGAAGAUGCCCUGCCCUUCCCACAGCCCUGACAGGGGAGCAGGGACCAGCCUUAUAUCUGUAUUUUAAAUCCCAUUGUAGCUGCCUUUUGGGCUAAUGCAUGAAUGUUCCAGGGCUUCAGUGCCUCCAGGGAGUGGAGAGAUGCUGCCACUUCCCUCUUGCCUCCCUUCUCUUGUCCACAUAGUGGGCCAGGUCCAAGCCUGACACUGACCCAUGGCAGGACCCUCCUUCACCUUGGCCAGGUCUCAGGGCUGGGGCUGUACCUCAGCCCAGAGAGGUGGUGAUUACCUGUGCACAGUCUCUUACGUGACUCAGUGCCCUACACCUGCCCUGGGUUCUUUGGGGGGAUUUAAGGGCAGAGCUCUGCUCCUUCCAUCCUGCUCUUUGCCCUCCUGCCUGCAAUGUGCUGCUGCCUGUCCUGUUUGUAAGGGCUGUCCCGUGCCUGGGGCUGGCAGCUGUGGCCUUCUCCCUCCUGCUGUCGCGCUGCUGCUCAGCUGUGUGGUACCUUCAGGGGCCUGGACUAAGUUAGAAGGCGAGGGCGGGGCACAACUGGUUCACUUUCAUGCUUUGGACAAACGUGGAGGUCCCCUGUAUUUGCCCUCUGACGGGCCUGAGUCUGUCUUCUCCUCUGCCCAGUGCUGCUGGGAGGGACAAACCUCUGGGACAGCCCCACUCCCUCUGGUCUGUGAGCGGUGCCUGGUGGCAACACGAGCUCUCCAGGGACGAGACUGCAGCCUGAACCAUGGCCUCUGGGCUCAGUGUGUGCUGGGACAGUUGAGUCUGUUUGCUCCAGUGCUCCCUGCCUUUCUUCCUUCCACUUCUGGGUACUCUGAGACGUGCCUGGGGCUGGGGCAGCCCUUUCCCAUGCCCAGGGCCGAGCACGGUACAGUAUGGACAUGUCGACCCUGCCGCUGUUGGUGCUGGCGCCCCGGCGCCCUCUCCAGCCACGCCGUGGCUUUCUCCACAAGGAUUGCCUCCUCUGGUCUUUCUUGUGUUCACAGUUUUUAUACGAUGGAGUUGAAUUGUAUUUUGCUCCCUGGGAGUCUGCAUUGCCCCUGCAGCCCCCCUGCCAGCUCUCACACGCCAUCAGUUCAUCUCCCUGACUCCCUAAAGCCUCUCCUUCCCUCAGCCCGCUGGAGUCAGACUGUCCCCGGUAGCCUCCCUGGCCACUGCGCACCCUUUGCCCUGCCCUAUCCACUGGGUUUUAUAAAAACAACACCAAUCUCCUUGUUUUUAUUUAUAAACAUAGUUUUAUUGGA